UCCCCUCUCUCUCUCUCUCUCUCUCCCCUUUCGUGCGCAUUGAGAGCAACGACUCUUGCCUUGUAUGACGCCAACCCGCUAAAGUCUACCCUCUUUAAUUGUUGUCCACGCCCGUCUCAUUUCAUUAUUUUCAACCCCCUUCUUCUUCUUCGUUACCCCUUUCCUUUAGUGUCCAUUGAGAGAGAAAAGACGGAGAGAGAGAGAGAGAGGGUCUUUACCCCUUUCCUUUAGUGUCCAUUAAGAGAGAGAAAGAGACAGGGAGGGAGGGAGAGGGGAUGGAGGUGGAAGAUGGUGAUCACUCGCAGGGCGAGACGGUGCAGUACUGCACCGCCGCGACAACAAUGGUGUCCCCGGAAAUAGUGGAGAUCGGGGAGGACAGCAGGAGCGUGGACGUGGGCGGCAGCAACGAUGUGUAUGUGGCCGUCGGGAAAGACGACAUGGACGUCGUCAAGUGGGCCCUCGAUCACCACGUCGCUCCCCAUCACGCCCGCGUCUUCCUCGUUCAUGUCUUCCCCCCCGUCGCUUACAUUCCCACCCCAGUUGGAAGAUUAUCGAGGAGCCAACUGAGCCAAGACCAGGUGAGAGUUUACAUCAAUGAAGAGAGUAACAGGAGAAGGAACCUUCUGCAGAAGUACAUUCGCCUGUGCGCUGAUGCCAAAGUGACUGUGGACACGAUGCUUAUUGAGCACCGAAACAUUGCAAAAGCUAUCCUCGAUCUAAUUCCUGUUGUUAAUAUUACCAAGCUAGUUAUUGGAACCAAACGUGCCCCUUCCUCAAGGCGAUUGACCAAGAAUUUGGCAAAAGGAAAAUUUCUGAAGAAGCAUGCCCCAGAUUAUUGUGAGGUCACCGUUGUUUACAAUGGCCAGAAGGUCUCGGACAACGAGAGGGCGAGAGAGCUGAACCGUCCGCACGAGGUGUUGAGCUCAUCAGGAGAAGCAGUUGCUCGCCACUCUGAAAGGAACUUCUUUGAGUGCGUGUGCUUUUCAGGCAAGUUCGACUGAUUAGCAUAGUUGCGUUAACGAUAGAAAUUGACAUGUAUAUUUGAUCUACUUGCCAAAAUCCCAGGAGGACGCUGUUGUUGUAACCUAUUUCAUGAUUAGAAACACAUAUUUGGAGCUUUUCAGCUUGUAUGCAACUGCGUAUACACACUUCGGUGGAGUA